CGGCUCUAACAAAUCAGUCCGUGGUUGGGAAGCAGUAUUGCGGUUUGCGUCCGUCAGCCUCCUCAUGCUGCGCAAACGAUCGACUGAUACACCGGCCGCUUACUCGCGUACGUAGGGGCGCUCUCGCGUGAUACCGCUCGUGGGAAUACACCGCAAACAUGUCACGGCAUCAUCAGAGGACGCCGCUGAAAAACGAGGAGAGUGUGGUCGAGGUGAAGAGCAAAUUUGAGGCAGAGUACAGACGGUUUGCUCUGAAGAGAAACGGAGCCGGAGACUUCCAGGAAUUCUACCAGCUGCUGCAGACCAUCCAUCGGAUCCCCGGUGUGGAUGUGCUACUGGGGUAUGCCGACAUCCACGGAGAUCUACUUCCGAUCAACAACGAUGACAACUUCCACAAAGCACUGUCCUCGGCCAAUCCGCUGCUUCGGAUUAUCAUUCAAAAGAGAGAUGAAGAUGACGCCGUACCCUUCCCCACAGGCUCUCUUCAGCGAAGAAAAAAGGGCUUAGCAGGUCUGCGUCAUUCCCAGCAGUCGAAAUCCAAAGCGGGCCUGCUCAUCGGCCUUCCGCAGGAUUUCCGUCAGAUCUCGUCCAUCAUAGACGUGGACAUCUUGCCUGAGACUCAUCUGCGCGUCUGUUUGCACAAACAAGGCACCUACAAACCUCUUGGCUUCUACAUCCGCGAUGGCGUCAGUAUUCGUGUGACUCCCCAAGGGGUGGAGAAAGUUCCAGGUGUCUUCAUUUCACGCCUCGUAAAGGGCGGCCUGGCUGACAGCACGGGAUUACUGGGAGUAAACGAUGAGAUCCUGGAGGUAAACUGUAUCGACGUGGCAGGGAAAUCACUAGAUCAAGUCACCGACAUGAUGGUCGCCAAUAGUCACAACUUGAUAGUUACGGUGAAACCUGUCAAUCAACGGAACAACAUCAUGCAUCGUGCGAGUAAAACCUCGGCGGGCAACAGUUCAGUUGGCUCGGUAGGCUCCGCCCUCUCCCACGACUCCGCCCCCAGUCCCGCCUCGCAGAAUGCUAGCCAAUACAGCAACAGCGUGGCUGAGGGAGAGAGCGAUGACGAUACCGAUCUCAUUUUAGAGAAUGACAAUGUGCGAUCCUACAUGCCACACCGUCUGACUAAUGGCAACGGAAGCCACGGUAACGCCCUGUCAUCAGGAGUGUUCACGCACAGGCCACUCCCACAAAGUGUUUCCUUGCCCAGUAGCAGCUCUUUGUCAGACAGCAAGGCAUCAUUGAGCUCGCUCACCACGCCUACACACAACGGCAGCCCCACCAAGAUGAGCAGCAGCCAGGAAAGCAUGCGAGAGGAUGGAAACUUUAUUACGUUGUGAGUUCAUGAAGGAGUAGGACGCAUUAUUGCGACUUCAUGCACAUUGACAAAAAAAUGAAGGAAAUGUAUAUUUUAUUAAGUUAUUUUCUGCUACUGCUUUCACCAAACACACUGUUCAUAAUACACUCCAUGAACAAGAAAACAAUCCCGCUGUGUGACUCACAUUAUGGAAGUGCCUUACGGCUCUCCACUUAUCUCGCCUUAGUCUUUGUUCGGACAACCGUAUUCAUCUCGCACACUGACUUCACGGACAUGUCCGUCUGCUCACAAACACAGCGAAUAAAGUGCGCUAGCUACUACUGGAUGCCUGAUGUUAUCGUUUGCACAUCUCCGAGGAUGGGAGGGGCUGGCAUCACCUGGUUAAAGUGAUACCAAUACUUUUUUGAUUCCUCUCACUUUAAUAGUGAUGAUGAUGGAUGCUGAUAUAACCUCAAACUGAUAUCUACUCAGUCUGGUUUCUCUAGGCCUCAAAGUUCAACUUAAUGAUUUUGAAGUGGUGUUAUUAGGUAUCUUCUCACAAUUCAUUCUGAUCUCUGAUGUCUGGCCGUAUCUAGAACCUGAGACGGUGAAUGAAGUGUAGCAUUAAAACCACUCUGCCUUUGGCACAGAAACCACAUUUCCCUCUCGGCUGUCACGGUGCAUUUAUUCAAAUGCCAAUGUACGUACCGUGUUGGCACAUCCUUGAUAUUUGCAUUUCUAAUAUUUUCAUAAAAGGCACACACAGUUGCAAUUGAAUUCCUGCUUUAGAGGAAUAGGUCUCCUUCAAAAGGAAAAUUCUGGCAUCAUUCACUCACCCUGUUGUCAUUUUAAACCUGUGUGACUUUCUUUCUUACGUAGAACACAAAAGAAGAUAUUUUGAAGAAUGUUGGUGACAAAAAAAAACCUUGGUUCACAUUGACAUGCAUUGGCUUUGUGUCCAUACAAUUGAAGUCAAUGGGGGCCAACGGUUUUUGGUUACCAACAUUCUUCAAAAUAUAGCAGAAGAGAGAAAAUCUCAUAGGUUUAAUGACAGGAGGGCAUGUAAAUAAUGACUUGAAGGUUGAACCAUUCCUUUAAGAAACAGCUCUUUUUAUGUUAAUUUAAUGCGUUUCUCGCUUUGUUUUGCUCCCCUCCAGAAAAAUAGGAAUCUAUAUGUUUAAAUGUAGAGAAACAUGACCUCUCAUAGGCUCAUUCUGUCCAAUUCUCCUGUGUGCACUCUGUUUUUCUGUGAGAAAGAAAGGAAAUUCCUUUCAUGUUUGGAAAGGCCAGAAUUCUGCACAUUGGGACCUUUUUCACACAAUUCACUCCUGAGCUGCGAGGCUUUUAUGGGUUUUUUUUUUGUGUGUGUUUAGUCAUAUUUUUACAGUAUAAUAUUACAGAAAUGGCACUGAGGUAGACACUGUCAGACUCCGAGCAAAAUAUUGUUUCUUUAAUGUUUAACAGACCUCAGCAUGGAAGAACCUGCUUUAGGCAAAGGUUUCCCAGGUGAAUGCUUGUUUAGACUGUGGAGAUACCUGCCUCAGGACUUCCAGGGUUUCAAAGGCUGUCUGUCAAACCAUGCACAUUAGAUGGAGGACGUUGUUUUUGGUUUUUACUUGUCCUGUCCUGAUCUGCUGAGGCAAAACUAUUUCUGAGCAUAAAUGAAGUGAAUACGUUACUAAUAUAUUUAUUUAGUUUUAAAGAAGAUUUAAAUAGGUAGGGGCCAGUGAAAAUAAUCAGGAAGCAAAUCUGUACAUGUCAUAUGAUGGUUGUGAUUGAAGGUGAGGGCUCCGAUGUGUCUUCUGGUUCAACUCGAUCAGCAAAAGAGGCGUUUCUUUACUGCAAAAGCCAAAGUAACCUUGAGUCUAAAAAACAAGAUGGUUUAUUUAAACCGGUCUAGACAUAACAUCUGUAAAACUGACACCAAGCGACUCUUAGCAACAUUAUUAUGAGCAGACUUCUUGAGAGAUGUGAUAUUUAAUUUAAUUCUGUUUUAUUGUUGAUUUGGUGAUAGUAUACCUAGAGUGAUGUGCUGGUCUGGAAUUUCUUCCGGACAAAGUGAAGUGAUGCAUAUUCCCUCAUACGUAAACAGACAAUGUUUUGAUCUAAACACAGAACAGCACACGAUCGGAGCACCAAUAAUACCACAUGAGCAUUAUUUUUUUUGUGUAUGUCAAUGUAUAUGUAUAAAUAGAAAUAUUAAAUGAUGGAGACUUUUGUAUACUAGGAGGCCUUUUAUAAAAAAGAGCAUUUUAUAUACGUGUAAAAUAUGGAAAGUAUUUUUCUUAUUCUUGUACUUUUGUAUGUAUAUUAGAAUUCUGGAGAGGAGGUUUCUAUUUCUCUGUAUCAUGGACAAAACAAAUCUUUAGAAGUUCGUGUUUUUAUUAUAAUCAGAUGGGUCGAGGUGUACAAUACUGUGAAUGCUAUAUGCUGAUUAUAAAAUGUUCUAUAAAGAUAAUAAAAGUAUUUAAAAUUA